AUGCUACCAAUGUACAUAUUUGUUGUAGUGGUUGAUGAAGAAGCUUUGCAAGAAGAUGACGAGAAAGAUCAUGAUGUGGUGGUUAGUGGCAUUGUUCAAGUAAGAGAACAUGCCGUUGAAAAAGAAACAGAAGAUGAUCUCGAAAUUGAUGAAGGUGAACCGGUGUUAGAAGAAAGUGAGGAGGAAAACGAAGAAUAUGGUUCAAGCAUAGAUGAAAAUGAUAAUAAACUGAAUCCAAUUUCUCUCCCUCUAUCCCUAUCUCUCGGAUAUCUCAGUUUCUCCAUCUCUCAAUCAUCACCGGCUUCCUCUCAGCUCCGCCAUCUCCUGGUCCCUUCGUCUCUGGUUUUCACCAUCAAAGGACCCAUAGCUGAAGUAUGUCUCAACAAUCGGUCUCUGUUCGUGCUCAAGUUCAACGAAGACGUCCAUCGACGCCAGCUUCCAGUGUUGGUGGUUCUUCUGCUGCAUCGGCUGCCAUGCCAAAGCUUCCACCUAUGA